CUGAUGGCUUCACCUACACCUUUGGCAUCUACUUCGUCCACCUGAUGCAUUAUUACCAGUCCACGGCAGCAGCAACCUCCUGGAUCGCCUCCAUUCUCGUGGGAGUUACCCUCGGCUCAGGUCCCAUCGCCGGCAUCCUAGUCAACAAGUUCGGAUGUCGUCUCGUCACCAUCGCCGGCGCUAUCCUGGCCUCCGCGGCUCUCUUCGUGUCUAUCUACGCCCCCAACGUUCAGACACUCUACAUCACCAUCGGUUUGGGAGCAGGUCUUGGCUUCGGGUUGAUCUACCUGCCGGCGAUCGUCUGCGUGACAGGUUACUUCGAGAAGAGAAGGUCCUUCGCUACGGGCAUCGCAGUGUGCGGCUCCGGCAUUGGCACCUUCGCCUUCUCGCCCUUCGUGGAGUACUUGAUCAAAGAACUCAGUUGGCAGAAUUCCCUGAUCAUAUUAUCAGGUAUAAUGCUUAACUGUGUCGUGUUUGGAGCACUCUUCAGGCCUCUCGAAGACAAUACUGCCCCCCAGAUAUGUGAGGAGGAUCCGGAAGCCCUAACCAACAGAGAUUCCCUCGUGUUGAAUGACAUGCCUAGGAUACAGUUCACAAGUGAUAAUAGUGAACUCAAGAAAAAUUUCAGUGAUGCCAACUUGGUUCUGCAAAGCCACACCCCAAGCAAUAUCCAGCGUAUUAGUUCUCAUGGCAACAUCAACCCCAUGCUUCAGAAUCUGAAAAAUGCUGAGGCAACAAGAAUGGCCGUGUUGCCUGUGCCUGAGAAGCAAGGAUUUAUUUCUGGUGGCCUGGAGAGCACCCACAGCCAAGCACGGAAGAGUGGCAGCUUGCCCUCGUCCCACCAUGGCUCAGGUCUCUUGUACCGCAAAGACAUCUUCUACAGGGGUUCUUUGCUCAACAUCCGGGAAUACAAACAGAAUCCAAGCAGUUAUAGGGCAUCUAUGGCCAGGCUCCCAGAUACAGAGGAGACACCCAGUGAAGUGGAAAAAGCAAAGUUGUGUGGAUGUGUGCCAUGCUCUAGGGAGACACGAGAUGCCAUGAAGAGCCUUAUGGAUUGGGAGCUUCUUGUUGAUGGAAUAUUCAUCCUCUUUGCCUUCUCCAACUUUUGUACAUCCAUUGGAUUCAAUGCCCCUUAUAUUUUCAUUGUGGAUCGCGCCCAACAGCUCGGUAUCCCUAACAAGGACUCCUCAUAUCUGUUGUCAGUCAUUGGCAUUUCUAAUACAGUGAGCCGUAUCUUGCUUGGUUAUAUUUCUGAUCAGCCUUGGGUCAAUCGCCUUUACCUCUACAAUAUAGCUCUCACCCUCUGUGGCAUUGGUACCUGUAUGAGCAUUUGGUUUUAUAGUUAUGCGUCCCAGAUCUUUUACGCAAUAGUCUUCGGAUCCAUGUCAGGCGCGUAUGUUGGACUGACAUCUGUUGUGCUUGUGGAUCUGUUGGGGAUGGAGAGACUCACAAAUGCCUUUGGUCUUCUCCUUAUGUUCCAAGGCAUUGCUUCUGUUUUGGGCCCACCGAUGUGUGGUGCACUCUUUGAUCUGACUGGCUCCUAUGACUACAGUUUCCUUCUUGCUGGCAGUAUGAUAGCUGUCUCAGGACUGAUGUUGUUCUUCAUCCCUUGCAUUUGGAGAAUUCAAGCCAAGAAGCUCGCCAAACAAGUUAACUCCAACACAGUGCAGUAAAUAGCCAAAAUUUUGGAAAAAAUGGCAUAAACUGAAUGUGCUUAUAGAGGUUGAUGAAGGCACAACUUAUUGUCAAAGCUGGGGAGGCGCUCAUUAAGAUUUUGCAAAACAGAUGGCUGUGUAGAAAAAAAGUACUAAUGCACUACAUUUUGUUUAGUGUGAAGGCUUUUAAAAGGAUUGAACAUCUGCUCUGCAUAAAUUUGAAAACUACUGUGCCAUUGAGCAGUUUUCUUCGGAUGUUUGUAUACUUCUCAUUUUCUUUUGUUUCAUUUUUAAAAUGAUUUUACAUUGUCUUAGAAAAUGAAUUUCAGGGUAUUCAUUAACACUAUUUGACAUCAGAUUCAUUAUAUCUCCUCAUUGGUAUUUCUUAAGCAGUCACUCAUAUUAAGCUUUCUUAAUCAGACUAUUAGAAAUAUUGGGACCAGAUUCUAUAUUUAGAUUUACAAAAAAAUCUUUGUUAGUAUGUAACUCAUUAAACAGAGACUGGCAUAUUUAGCCUCCUUAUGUGUGAUGUAGGACUAUCAAAGUAAAUAAUGGAAUUUUUGGUGCUAAUGUUAUGUCUUUGAGAUGUUUGUGAGAAUGCAAGACCCAUCGAGUUUGUAUACUCCUUGCAUAAUGCACUGAAGUCUUUUUUUUCUUUGUUUGAAAAUGUAAUUGAUUGGUAUGUAAAUAAUUAUUACCUUCUGUUGUAAAUCAUGCUAUGUUUGAGGGAAUAGGAAGAGGAAGAUCGAUAGAGAAUUAAUUGGUAUGUAAAUAAUUACUACCUUAAGUUGUAAAUCAUGCCAAGUUCGAGGAGACAGGAAGGUUGAUAGAAAACAUAUUGCUCUGUAUUGGAGUCAGUGCAUCAACCAUAUAAUUUUCUUGACUAAGCAGUGUAAUUGGGUAUAUGUUUGAUAACCAUUGAUAGCACAGCAUUUAAAUGAUGCUUCAUACAUAUUCCUUUUUUUUUUUUUUUGCAAUUCAUAUGCCUCAUUAUGAACAUUGUUAGUGUUAGAUAGGGAUUGAUCAUUUACAAGAUAGGUUUUUUUGUACUUCAUAUAUUCAUGUAGGGCUUUCAUUUCUCUUUCUGAAUAUCGUUUAUCUGUGUACUUAUUCAGUUUUUUUAUAUUUAUUUAAUGUCUUUCCCUGACAAUGUAGGUCUAGAUUUUUUUUAUCCAUAAGAUUAGAUGCAAAAAAACUCUUGAUUCAUUGGUGUGAAUGUAAAGGAAAAAGCAAUCGUUCUGUAACAAUUACUUCAUUUCAAUAUUAAAAUGAAGGGCUUUCUUUUGUGUGAUACAUAUAUAUAUAUAUA